AUGAAGGCGUCUGAAAUGGCCUGCUUAGAAAUCGAAGAGAAAGGGGAGCAUAUGAAGCCGACAGUAUCACCAUGGACCUUUUGGCGUAUGAGAAGAUACGUUGUUGCUCUACUAGCAUUCUUCGGCUUCUUUACCUCUUACGCCCUCCGGGUGAAUUUAAGCAUUGCCAUUGUGGCCAUGACAGAAUUUCGAAACAUAACACUAGACAAUGGCACGACAAUUAUCUCAGUAAGAGACUUCGACUGGGACACCAAGCUGCAAGGCUACAUUCUGAGCUCGUUCUUCUACGGCUACAUCACCACUCAGCUCUUCGGAGGCUAUUUGGCGGCCAGAAUCGGCGGGAAGAGGGUCUUCGGGGCCGGCAUAGCGGUCACUGCCUUGCUCACGCUGGUAACGCCCUGGAUAGCCAGCCUGCACGUCUAUUUCCUGCUCGCCGUCAGGAUUAUUGAAGGUAUUUUCGAGGGUGUAACUUAUCCGUGUAUUCAUGCAAUAUGGGGAAAGUGGGCUCCACCUCUGGAAAGAAGCCGACUGGCUACCAUAGCUUUCUCUGGAAGCUACGUUGGAACAGUGGUGUCGAUGCCUCUUUGUUCCGUCCUGGCUUCGACUUUAGGAUGGGAAAGCAUUUUUUACUUCUUCGGUGCUGUUGGUAUAUUGUGGUGUAUUCUUUGGGAGUGGAUAGUAUCCGACUCGCCGGAAGGCGACCCGAAAAUUAGUAAAGAAGAGCUCGAUUACAUUCUGAACAGUCUCGAAGUGAAGUCUAACAAAGAAACGAAGAUCCCCUGGAGAUCCAUAGUGACAUCUGUGCCCGUGUGGGCGAUAGCAGUAUCGCAUUUCAGCGAGAACUGGGGAUUCUACACAAUGCUGACGCAAUUGCCGAAAUUCAUGAAACGUGUUUUGAACUUCGAUUUAAACGCAGCCGGGGUACUUUCGGCCUUCCCUUACCUACUUAUGGCGAUCAUGACUCAGUUUUCCGGGCACUUGGCCGAUUGGUUCCUGGUGAAAGGCUUCCUAACCACCACCCAAGUCAGGAGGAUAUUCAAUUGCAGCGGGUUCGUCGCUCAAACUAUUUUCAUGUUGGCAGCUACCUAUUGGUUGACGCCAGUGGGGGCGACUUUGUGCAUAUCGAUGGCAGUGGGAUUGGGCGCGUUCGCUUGGGCAGGAUUUAGUAUAAACCAUCUGGAUAUCGCUCCCCAAUACGCCUCUAUUUUGAUGGGUUUCGGUAACGGUUUCGCCACGAUACCCGGUAUUGUCAGCCCGAUUAUCACAGGAUAUUUAGUGACUGACGAGACGAGCGUCGUUGAAUGGAGGAUCGUGUUUUAUAUAUCAUCGGGAAUUUACUUGAUCGGAGCUGUUUUUUACGGUACAUUCGUUUCCGGAGAACUGCAAGAUUGGGCUAAAGACGAUGGAAAUGUGGAUAGUGCUGAACAGAAACAGAAUCCGCAGAUGUUUUAUGAAAAUAGAAGUUUUGAGCGUGAUGAUUAG